GGUCUAGAUGUCAGGCUGGUGGUGUGAUGUAUCUACAGUAAUUAAAUGGCUGUGAUGGCUGGAGAUUAUAUCCUGUCUGUUGCCUCAACUAUGUUGGCCAGGAUACGUAACGAGGAGGCUAUAGUCAUGCUCUCUCAGGUACUCAGUGAUUUAGUGCAAGGAGAAUUUAUGCAACUUGGAUCAAAAGAAAAUGAAAAUGAAAGAUUUGCACACUACCUCAAGAAAACUUUCAAGAAAACUGCAUCAUUGCUAGCCUACAGUUGCAAAGCUGUGGCACUUCUAUCUGGUGGUGAUGAAAAUGUACAGGAAGUUGCCUUUCAGUAUGGACGUAAUGUUGGGAUAGCCUUCCAACUUGUUGAUGAUCUUUUAGACUUUGUCUCUUCCUCAAAUAUGAUGGGGAAGCCAACAGCUACAGAUCUGAAACUAGGUCUAGCUACAGCACCUGUUCUAUUUGCAUGUGAAAAGUUUCCAGAACUUAAUCCUAUGAUUAUGCGGAGAUUUCAAGAACCAGGCGAUGUACAUAAAGCCUUUGAAUUUGUGCACAAGAGUGAUGGGCUAGAACAAACACAGUUCUUGGCUCGUCAACAUUGUGAGGAGGCUAUAAGAGUCAUCAGCUCCCUGAAACCGUCUAGUGAACAGAAAGCUCUCAUCACGUUAACAGACAAAGUGCUGAACCGCAUGAAAUAGUAUUUUCCUGCCUAAAGAACCUUUUGUUGCUGGCCUACAGUACACAAAGUGGCAACUACGGGCUCAGGAUUUAAAGAGUAUUGACUAUCUCGAAAAAUAUGCAGCUAGUAAAAGCUUAUACUAUACUGUACCGGACAUUCAGCCCCCCAUUAUCAAUCCCGAGCUGUGGCUUUAGAAAGUGAAUGCAUUUCUAGGAAUGUAGUGACAAGUACUUGGCUGAAAAGAUCAUUUGCAUCAAUAGGUCACAGAAUAUCGAAGAUAUCAAUUGGGUUCUGUAAUUAUGCAGAAGAAGAAAAAUAUUUAAUUGUAAAAGUCAGUGGAAUAAAAGAAAUAUCAGGUCAGUCUUUUCACAUUACUCUGAAAAAGCAAAAAUACAAUUAAAAUUCAUACUUAGUGACCUAAAUUAAAAUGACAUUUUAAUAUGUUAUUCCAUGAUAACUGUGGUAGGGAAACAUGACUCACAAAAUCGUAAUGACACAAUUGUAAACAAACCAUACCAUGGGCGGGGAUAGAGCGCGACGGUCUGGAGUUUUGAGACUCUGAUCGUGGGUUCUAUACCUGCCCGUGGUAUGGAAAAUCACUACCAAUAAUUAAUAUCCUAAUUAUAGUAAGUCUGAUGCUCAGCCACUUCAAAUUACAGUAUUAUUUUUGCAUUUCAGGCAUGGACAAAUGUGACCUAUUGUGCUACAAAUAACCAUUAAUUUUGUAAGUAAAAUUUUUUGUACACAUUGGAAGAACCUUGUACAUCACGAGUAUUUUACUGCAUAAUCCAAUAGGGCUAAGAGUAUACAGGGAUCUGAAGCUCCUGUUCUUUCGAGGGGCUCGUCCAGUGCCCUGUUACUGUACCUCCACUGUGGGUUAUUUGCCUGCUUGCCCUUGUCUCGAUAAAUAUUUUGUAAUUGUGAUAGAGCAAGGUGUAAAUAUUUUGUAUUUUAUAAUCGUGAAUCUUUAUGAACAGUUUUAAACUGUUUUAUAUAUAGGCAUUGUAUGCAGCAUUAUUGAAAAUUGUGUGGUUGGGCGGUGGGUGAGUAAAGAGCAUCCGUGCCUUAAUAUCAGGAGGCAUUGUUGCUACUAUUUUAAUAAUGGCCUCUUACACAGCCAUUUUCUGAAAAGCUGGCAUUUUCUUGACCUCUUCAUUAAAAUAUCAAGAUCAGUGGACCCUCGAAUUUCAUCAACCCUUUUUUGUUAAUAUUUUUGUGGUGUCUGGACUGGAUUAAUUGGAUUUACAUUAUUUCUUAUGGGAAACAUUAACAAAAAAUACAUUUUAUAGAGAAUAACACUAGUUUUACAUGCAGAAAAGGGAUGAUGAAAUUCAAGGGUCCACUGUACAUGUACUGUAUGUGGAAUUUGACGUGUGGCUUACUUGCUUUGAACCAUUGUUGGCAGGAUAUCGUUGCUUUAUUUUAAUAAAUUUGUUCAGAUAUUAAAUGACUGUUAUGUAGCUUCUGGUUUAUAUAUGAAGUACACUAUUAUUGUACAGCCUUGGAAGUUGUUUUUCCUGACAGAAUUUCAUGCGAGAGAGUACAGUACUGUAUACAGUUCUGAUAGAUAUUUAUGCAACAUAGGUAAAUUAUUUCAAAUUACCUAAUAUAAAAAACUACUAUAAAAAUUUUUAAUUUAAUUAGCCUUAAAUGCAAAGAAAGCCUAUGGAUGUAGAUCCUUGCCAAAUAUCUUCAUCUGCCAUUUGACUUUAUAUACUGUACUGUAUGCUCAGUUUAGUUGACUACAUAAUAUGUUUACUACAACGAUUAAUUUACAUUCAGUAGCUUUUCAGCACAUGUUGUCAAACUAUUCUUUAAAGUUUUGUAAACUGCAGUUUUUCACUACCAGUUGCAAAGCAAGUUUACGAAGUUUUCAUUUUAGUAUUUUUCCUCAUUCAGUACUUGGGGCUAAUUUUCAUUGGUUAUUCUAUACAGGUUGAAUUGCAGUAUAUGCCUUUCUGAAGCAGUGUUCAUCAAAACCUGGUUAAAUUUUGGGUUCUUUCUCUAGUGUAUAGUUUUAUUUGGCAGUUUUUUUUUUCUAGGAAUAGUUCAUAUAAAACUCAUUAAAUUUUAUAGUUUGUUAGGGUUUACAUAAUAUGACAACUACUAAAUGUCGAAGUAUCUAAGCUUACGAUGUCAAAUGAAGACUUGUUCUUAUAGUUUUUCAUAACUUAAGAAGGCAAAUGGUUUUUAGCUUGAAAUGAAGAGUUCAAGUAUGAUUAGUUUCCUGCAGUAGACAUGUCAGCUGCUGUCUUCCAUUGCUCAAAAUAUGAUGACUUGUGGCAGUGCUCAGCCUGUGUAUGAUGUCCUUAGUGGUUGUAUAUAUUUUGUUUUCUGCUAGAUAAACAGAUUAUUUUGCUAAAAGUACAACCAGUGUACAGUAAUUCAUUUCUUUCACAGCACCUUAAUGUUCUCAAGACUAUAUAUUUACAUUACAUGUGGGCUGUGCAUUGCCUUGUGGGCUGUGCAUUGCCUUGAAUCAUUACUUCAGUCCAUGCCACCACCCCAUCCCAUGCCUCACCACACUGUUGUUUUGGUACUUUCAAAAAUUGUUGCCAGACAUUUAAAAAACAUUGUAUGCUCACAAGCACAUGCACAAAUGCAGACUCAUGGGAUAAAGCUCAACCCCACCAGCUCAGAUAAGAUAUUACAGUAUUCACACUAAUCUGCACCAAUGAAUGAACUAGCUCUGGUGGCCUGGUGGUUAACGCUCUCGCUUCACACGGUGAGGGCCUGGGUUCGAUUCCCAGCCAGAGUAGAAACAUUGGACGUGUUUCUUUCCACCUGUUGUCUAUGUUCCCCAUCAGUAAAAUGGGUACCUGGGUGUUAGUCGACUGGUGUGGGUCGCAUCCUGGGACACUGACCUAAAGAGGCCUGGUCACAGACCGGGCCGCAGGGGCGUUGACCCCCGGAACUCUCUCCAGAUAAACUCCAGUGUUGUUAGAGACCGGAGUUGUUAGUAAUUCAGGUCUUUUUCCCAUCCCCCUUCUUAAAAUCAGCCUUUUCAUCAUCCUUAUAAAUAUAGUAUCCACGCUGAAUUUAUACAUAUGUGAUGUGUUGUAGCAUUCCAGAUGACAGUUUGGCAAUAAUUUUUUAUGGUACCAUAAUUGUUUUUAAAGAGUUUUAUUUUCUUAGAAUUGACUUCAUAAUAAAAAAUGAUAAUGUAAUCAAGUUAAGUGCAUUUGACUUGAUAGAGGUUGUGGGACUAGUGUAUACUUUGCUUAGCACAAAACUUAGGCUGGUCAGUUGGUUUCUGCAAAAAAAAAAAAAAUUAAAUAAAUAAAUUGAAGACCCUCCCAAUGACUGAAAAGACUGCCAGUGUUUGUCGCAUGCCACUAUUUUCUGAGUGAGCAGAGCUUAUACAAACUAUAAACAUUUACUUUGGAAUUAAAAUUUUCCUUUAUCCACGUCGAAGACUGUAAAAUGUAUCUCGAGUGUGCCGUUGGAGAUAAAAUAUAGAACUAAGUAACUCGCAUUUUAAAAUACUUGAAAACAAAUGCAAUUUUAUUCCUGUUUUAGGAUCUCCUCAGUACAGCACGUUUAUCUCUGAUGAGGAUCUCGGAGUAGGAAUAAAAAAAAAAAAAAAUUCUUGAUUACAUUCAAAAUGUGGGUUGUUAGAGAAUACCAUUAGUGCUUUCAUGAAGUUUUUAUAUAAAGCAUUUUAUAUAUUGCACAUGAUCUUUUUUUUAUUGUAUAUGAUUUAAAGGCAUUGUACUUUAUUUUCUUUUCUGGUACUGAGAGCUGUUAAGUAUGUAAAUAUUUACUAUUGUUUUAUUGCAAAAAGAUUUGAAUUGAAAUUGGCACAAGCAGAAGUUACAGUGCAGAGAUCAAGUGGCGUUUUUUUUUUUUUUUUUUUU